AUGUACAUCCUCCAACUUCUGGAAGACUACACAAAUGAUGGCCGCUGCCGCUUCGGCGAGAGGUGCUGGAACGAGCAUCCCCGCGGCGGCGGCGGCGGGCGCUAUGGGGCCUCCGCGUCCCACUACCAAGGCAGUAGCAGAGGAGGAGGCAGUGGCGGCAGCGCAUGGGGUUCCACUAACCAGAGAUACACCAAUGUUAUCCAGCCAUCUACCUUUAAGUCUAAUACAUGGGGUGGCAGCAGAGAUCAAGGAAGAGGACUUUUUGGCUCCUCUGAUUUUGGAUCAUCAGGCGGCGGCAGCAGGAAUGCAGACUUUACGCAGAACAGAUUCUCUGCGUUAAUGAACAAUCAAAAUACUGCUGAUGGCUAUAAAGAUGAAGAGGAGAGACUUCUCGAAUGUGUAGUGAAAGACAUGGAAAUUUGGGAAACUUCAGGACAAUGGAUAUUUUCAUCUUAUUCCCCGAUGAAAGAAAAGCCGAAUGUCUCAGGCUUUGCAGAUUUCUCGCCAGAAGAGUUGCAUCUGGAGUAUUAUAACUGCAGAGCAAACAACGACAUUCAGAAUUAUAUAAAUUCUGUCCAACACUUAGCAAAUCAAUGGAAAAAUCGUCUGCUUCAGUUGAAAACUUUAAAUGCAUCGACAAAAGCAGCUUUGCUCUCUGAAUUAAAGAACGUGGUCACUCAACCGCCACCUGCCUUUGGAUUUGGAGGACAGCAAACAUCAAGCUUUGGGUUGUCAAGCUUUCCUGUGAACAGCAGCAGUAACAGUGCCAGCAGUUUCUCCUUUAAAACAAGUUCCAGUCUCACCAGUGCAUCAUCUGGAAACGCCCCUGCUUUUGGGAGCCCUUCUGCGGGUUGUAAUCGUCCUGCAUUUGGUGUGACGUCCUCUCCCAGUGUAUCCCAUUCUGUUGGUUUUGGCAGCCCGGCGGCUCCCUCCGCAGCCUCCUUCUCAUUUAAAACUUCAGAAACAGCUAGUGGUUUUGGAACUUCUGGGUUUUCAGGGUUUGGCAAUUCUUCUGCUGUGAACUCUUCAAGCACCACUCCGCCUACAGCCUUUGGAGCUUUUAAUGCACCAGUAGCAGCUUCUCCCUCCCAUUCAAGCAGUACUUUAUUUGGACAGACUGCCAGUGUCUCUGGGCAUAACAUAACGUCGGCGUCUUCUGGAUCCACAAACAAUACUACAUCAGAAAAGCUAUUUACACCAAAGAGCGAAUUAUCGGCUGAAGAGUUGAAACAAUUUGAAGCAAAAAAGUUUACAAUGGGAAAGAUUCCUCUUAAGCCACCACCAUUAGAACUGUUAAAUGUUUAGGACUUCUAAGUCUGUUCUGAAGUAACAUGGUUUUGUAACUUCUCUGAUACCUCAACUACUCAAUUUUCUGGUUGAGUAAUGAAAUAAAAUUCUUCCAUUGAGUUAA